AUGACGAAGUCGGAAAAUGGAAUUCAGGUGAUCGGUGCUGGGCUUGGGCGAACCGGGACGCUGUCCAUGCAGGAAGCACUGCGAAUCCUUGGCUACAAGACGUACCACUUUGAGGCCAUAUUGCGUGAUAACUCGCACGCGAAGAAAUGGAGACAAUUCGGUAACAACGGAAGCACCGUGGAAGAAGUCUUUCAGAAGAUUGCCGAAGAUGGGUACACUGCCACCAUGGACAAUCCAAUGUGUGAGUAUUUCUUUGAGCAGAUGAAGAUGUUCCCAGAAUCAAAAGUCAUCCUGACCCUGCACCCGAAAGAGGCAGACGGCUGGGCAAAGUCAUGGGCAACCUUGAUGGAGUUCGUUCGCAUCCAGAGUGCUCCAUUCUCCAUCACGUAUCCCAACUUCCUGUCUCUCAUUCCUGCAAUUCAAGACCUCAAUGCUGUUC